AUGUCAGAUGUCUACUUUUACAAGUAUCUUGUCACUCGUCAAGUGUUCUUUAGGUCCAAAUUUACUUAUGCUUUGGUAAAUAUAAAGCCAAUUGUUCCUGGCCAUGUACUUAUUGUCCCCUUGAGAGAAAGUGUGCUUAGAUUCGGAGAUUUAAGUUCUGAUGAGAGCAGGGACUACAUGGACGUAUUACAGCUCAUCCACAAAUUCAUAAUACAUGUAUACAAGGCAGAUUCAUUAAAUAUUGCGAUUCAAGAUGGACCUGAAGCUGGCCAGAGUGUACCUCAUCUUCACACACAUUUGAUUCCUAGGUAUAAAUCUGACGGUUUUGGCGAUAACAUAUAUAAAAUGCUAGAAAAAUCUGAUAUAGAUGAGCAGUUCAAAGAUUUUUUCAAAAGAAAGCAAGAUUUCAAGGAGCAUGGCGGUUUUGUUCAAAUUAAAGAUAGCCAAAGAGUACCGAGAACCAUAGAGGAUAUGGAAAAGGAGGCAAAGAUGUUAAAAGAGGAAUUGUCAAAGUUCAGAUGUUGA